CCCACUUUCACCUCAAAGCAUGAAUCUCAGAGCUUGUCGUCAACCCUCGCCCUCGUCAAGAGGACCUCAUUCACUUAGCUCCAUUCAAGUGCUCAAUUUUCAUUCAGCUCCCAUUCUCUUCGUUUCUUCUAUAUCAUACAAAUGACAAGCAUUUAACUGGCAAUUUCUAUCCAGACAUAUUCAGGCUAUACUUGAGAUUAUGUCUGGAUGCAAUAAAUCACCUAAAAAUGAUCAACAUUCGAUCAAAUAUAGGUGGAUUCGACAUGGGAGAGCAUCCUUUGAUUCUGAUCUUUCGUGCUCAGAUUAUUCGCCUUCUCUUUCCAGUAAUGAGAAUAAGAAAUGCUACACAAGUUCUCAAGUGAAGUCCCCUGAGAUACUGAGCACUUCUCAGCUCAUCUCUGCGAUAGGUCAGAUAUGGGAUUCUGCGGGUCGCCCACUUUCUUUUGUGCUCCCAGAGGAAGAUGUGAAUCGAGAUGGUAAAGGAUUUCCAAUAGAGAAAAUUCUGGGUAAAACAGAUGAGAAAAGGACUGAUGUGGUUACUUCAAAUAACUCUAGUUACUAUCCUGUUAAUACGGGGGCUAUUAGUGGUUUUAGUUCUAGGAUUGUACAGGAAAAAUUGGAUUUCCCUAAGGUGACAAAAAAGAUGAUAGUACUUGAAUCUUCUAAUGAAAGUCAAGAUUAUAUUUAUUCGUUAUUCCAAAGAGUUUUGCUGACCAGUAAUAAAAAUUCAAAUGAAUAUUGUAAAGACAUGGAACUUGGGAAUGAAGAAAUCCCAUUUAGAUCAGGUAAUGUACAUUGGUGGAUGAGUAGGUAUGCUCCUAAGGGGCUAAAUUGCCAUGUGGAGGUUAGUAAACCUGAGAACCUGGAAACUGAUUCUCCUGUUGCUCAGGCCUGUAUUUCAACGGAUACUAGCACCCCUGUAUUGGCUAAUGAAAGUGAUGAAUGCAGUCCUGAUUUGAUCAUACAUGAAGCUCGACAAUCAUCUAAUGAUGCAAUUCUGAGCACAGGAGUAGUUAGCUCUCUGUGUUCAGACUAUUUUCUUCAAGCCACCCCUGAUACUAAGACAGAUGUUGGUGCUUGUCAGACACAAUCUUCUAGUAUCUAUACGGACUAUCAUAUCAACUCUUUAGCUUCCUGUAGUAGUGCCUCUGUGCGGAACCGACACAAGAUCGAUGAUAGUGAAUUACUGGAAAACCAAAGAAAAAAUUUAUUCGAUAUAACUGAUGAUAAACAUAUGGUUCAAAACUUCUCUGCAACCCAUCAGAAGCCUUUUAAUUCCCUAGCCAAGCAAGAACAUGCUUUUUCUGGGGCAUUAGCUGGAAUAUGUGUCAGCCUUUGUCUGCAUCCGGUUGACACAAUUAAGACAGUCACUCAAUCAUGCCGUGCAGAGCAGAGGUCCAUCUUUUACAUUGGCAAAUCAAUUGUUUCUGAUAGAGGUUUGCCUGCACUAUAUCGUGGAAUUACUACAAACAUUGCAUGCUCAGCUCCAAUUUCCGCAGUUUAUACUUACACCUAUGAAUCAGUUAAAUCAGCUUUUCUUCAUUUUCUUCCAAAGGAUUAUUCUUCUUUUGCCCAUUGUGCGGGAGGUGGUGUUGCAAGCAUUGCUACCUCUUUCAUUUUUACUCCCAGUGAGCGUAUAAAGCAACAAAUGCAAGUUAGGUCUCAUUAUGGCAACUGCUGGGAUGUCUUGGCUGGUAUUAUUCGAAAGGGUGGUUUUUCCUCCCUAUAUGCGGGUUGGGGAGCUGUUCUGUGCCGCAAUGUUCCGCAUUCCAUUAUCAAGUUUUACACAUAUGAAAGCUUGAAGCAAGUCAUGCCAUCUUUUUCAUCUAGUAUUCAGUCCAGCUCAUUACAGACUUUAGUGUGUGGAGGAUUAGCCGGAUCUACUGCUGCUUUAUUCACAACUCCUUUUGAUGUGAUCAAGACUAGAUUACAAACACAGAUUCCAGGAACCACAAAUCAAUAUGACAGUGUGCUCCAUGCCCUUUAUAAAAUCAGCAAGAAUGAAGGUUUGAAAGGCCUAUACAGGGGGUUGACUCCAAGGUUGAUUAUGUACAUGUCUCAAGGAUCCCUGUUCUUUGGUUCAUAUGAAUUUUUCAAGAGGCUAUUUUCUCUGGACAAGAAUGUUGAGGACAGAAAAAAUAUAGAACUAACAAAAAGUGUGUCAUGAGGAGUAGCAGCAGCACCCCCAGGUCUUGAUAGUUUGCAUUUUUGAUAUUUAGUGUGUGGAGGAAAAGUUCAAUGGUGCCACAAGCAGGUUCAUGAACUGUAUAUGUAGUCCAUGUAUGAUUGCCUCCACAGAGAGGGCUCAUAGCUUAGAGAGACACUAGCAAUUCAAAAAUUCAUUGUCAUAUUUUAGAUAAGCAAUUUUGCAUGUACAUAGAAAAAACUAAAUGUAAAGUAAAGGUAAUAUCUUCCUUUGAAA